AUGAGCUCACAGCGCGGCACCGACAGCUCACAGCGCGGCACCGACAGCUCACAGCGCGGCACCGACAGCUCACAGCGCGGCACCGACGCCGUGGCUGGGGGAGCCGCCGGCCCGGCCCGGGCACGCGAAGCGGGAGCCGCGCGCGCCCUCCCCGUGGUACGUGCCACCGAGCCCAGGUGCCCCCCGGCUCCAAGACCGGCGCUGCGCCCCAGCGCCACACCACGGGCUGCCCGGCGCCCGACUGUGUCCGUGUGCCAGGCCGGACCCCACCGCGCUCUAGGCCGGGCCGGGCACCGGAACCCGAGCGUCUCCGGGCCCUCACAGAGCCGCCCCGCAGCUCCCAAGACCCUCACUGCGGCGGCGCGGCCGGGACUUCUUCCCGCCGCAAUUACUCGCGAGACCUUUGCGUCUCGCGAGGUGUUUGCGUCACGCGAGGCGUUUGCUUCUCGCGAGACCUCCCCGCACGUCCCUCUCGCCCUCGCCCCGCGCGGCUUCGCUCCCCCAGCCCGGCUCCGGCCCCCCGCCCAGCGGUGCCCUCUUCCGGGCUCCGUCCGCCUCGCUCCGGGCGGCGGCGGUGCGGCGGCGUCCGGCCCGGAGAGCGCCCCCUACCCCGGCGGCAGCAAGCGGAGGCAGGAGGCGGAGGCCCGCAGCAGCGUGUUCGAGCUGCAGGUGGCAGACACCCUGGACGGGGAGAAGCAGCCGCAGCUGAUCGUCAAGGGGGCGCUAGACCGCGAGCAGCGGGACUCCUACGAACUGAGCCUGCGCGUGCGCGACGGCGGGGAGCCCGCGCGUUCCUCGCAGGCCAUACUGCGGGUGCUGAUCACCGACGUGAACGACAACAGUCCCCGCUUCGAGAAGAGCGUCUACGAGGCCGACCUGGCGGAGAACAGCAGCCCCGGGACCCCUAUCCUGCAGCUGCGAGCCGCUGACCUGGAUGUAGGGGUGAACGGGCAGAUCGAGUACGUCUUUGGGGCAGCCACUGAGUCAGUGAGGCGGCUGCUGAGGCUGGAUGAGACCUCGGGCUGGCUCAGCGUCCUGCACCGCAUCGACCGCGAGGAGGUUAACCAGCUGCGCUUCACUGUGAUGGCCCGGGACCGCGGGCAGCCCCCUAAGACGGACAAGGCCACAGUGGUACUGAACAUCCGCGAUGAGAACGACAACGUGCCCACCAUAGACAUCCGGAAGAUCGGGCGCAUCCCACUGCGGGACGGGGUGGCCAGCGUGGCCGAGGACGUACUGGUGGAUACCCCCAUUGCCCUGGUGCAGGUAUCAGACCGGGACCAAGGUGAAAACGGUGUGGUGACCUGCACCGUGGUGGGGGAUGUGCCCUUCCAGCUCAAGCCGGCCAGUGAGGGUGAAGGGGAACCGCAGAACAAGCGCAAGUACUUCCUCCACACCUCAGCCCCUCUGGACUAUGAGGCGGUGCGCGACUACAAUGUGGUGAUCGUAGCCGUGGACUCAGGCAGCCCCAGCUUGUCCAGCAACAACUCCUUGGUGGUGCGGGUUGCAGACACUAAUGACAACCCUCCUGUGUUUGGCCAGGCCGUGCUGGAGGUCUCUUUCCCAGAGAACAAUCUGCCCGGUGAGAGGGUGGCCACGGUGGUGGCCACAGAUGCGGACAGCGGCAAGAAUGCUGAGCUCACCUACUCCCUGGAGCCCUCGCCCCUCUCCUCGGAGACACCAAGUGGCAUCUUCAGCAUUGACCCUGACUCUGGGGAUGUGUCUGUGCAGGUGGUGCUGGACCGUGAGCAGCGCGACACCUAUGAGUUCCAGGUGACAGCCCGAGACAAGGGGGUGCCAUCACUGCAGGGCUCCACCACGGUGGUUGUGCGGGUGGCAGAUCGCAAUGACAACGAGCCACGCUUCAUGCAGGAUGUGUUCACUUUCUACGUGAAGGAGAACCUGCAGCCCAACAGCCCUGUGGGCAUGGUGACCGUCAUGGACUUUGACAAAGGGCGCAAUGCUGAGCUCAGCCUCUCCAUACAGCCCAGUGAACAUGACCAGGCGGCCGGCAUCUUCUCUAUCGAAAACGACACAGGAACCAUCUACUCCACAGUCUCAUUUGACCGGGAGCAGCAGACCAGCUACACCUUCAAAGUGAAGGCGGUGGAUGGGGGUGAGCCGUCACGCUCGGCCACUGCUACCGUGUCCCUCUUUGUAAUGGAUGAGAAUGACAAUGCGCCCACUGUCACCUUCCCCAGCAACAGCUCCUACACUGUGUUGCCGCCCUCCAGCAACAUGCGCACUGUAGUGGCCACGGUGGUGGCCACUGAUGCUGACACUGGCCUCAACGCUGACCUCAACUACAGCAUUGUUGGAGGAAACCCCUUCAAGCUCUUCGAGAUCGAUCCAGCCAGUGGCGUGGUGUCACUGGUGGGUAAGCUGGCCCCCAAACACUAUGGUCUGCACCGCCUCGUUGUGCAGGUGAAUGACAGUGGGCAGCCAUCCCAGUCCACCACUGCCUUGCUCCACGUCUUUGUCAAUGAGAGCUUGUCCAAUGCCACCGUGGUGGAGAGCCAGGUGGCCCGCAGCCUCCACACACCCCUGGCCCAGGACAUCGCUGGUGACCCUAGCUAUGAGCUGAGCAAGCAGCGCCUCAGCAUUGUCAUUGGUGUGGUGGCCGGCAUCAUGACUGUCAUCCUGCUCAUCCUGGUGGUGGUCAUGGCCCGCUACUGCCGCUCCAAGGGCAAGCAUGGCUAUGAGGCUGGCAAGAAGGACCACGAGGACUUCUUCACCCCACAGCAGCAUGACAAGGCCAAGAAGCCCAAGAAGGACAAGAAAGGCAAAAAGGGCAAGCAGCCCCUCUACAGCAGCAUUGUCACUGUCGAGGCCUCCAAGCCCAAUGGGCAGCGCUAUGACAGCGUGAAUGAGAAGCUCUCGGACAGCCCGGGCAUAGGCCGCUACCGCUCAGUCAAUGGUGGCCCGGGCAGCCCUGAUCUAGCCCGACAUUACAAGUCGAGCUCACCACUGCCCACUGUGCAGCUGCACCCGCAGUCUCCCACUGCCGGCAAAAAGCACCAGGCCGUGCAGGACCUGCCCCCAGCGAACACCUUCGUGGGUGCUGGCGACAACAUCUCCAUCGGCUCGGACCACUGCUCCGAGUACAGCUGCCAGGCCGGUAGCAAGUACAGCAAGCAGGUGGAUACAGUACAGACUACGCAGCACCCUGACCACAUUGAGGAAUCAUGUAAAAUGAAUCCAUUUCGUAGAGUGACGUUUUCUGUUGUGAGUCAGCCUCAGGACCCACAUCAAGGGUCAUUGCAGAGUUGCUAUGACAGCGGUCUGGAGGAGUCAGAAACACCAAGCAGUAAGAGUUCAUCAGGGCCAAGACUGGGUGCCCUUCCACUCCCAGAGGACAACUACGAAAGGACUACGCCGGAUGGCAGUGUUGGUGAGGCAGAGCAUAUGGAAAAUGGUGCUGAGAAAUGUGCUCCAGGAGGACUCUCCAUUGUCUUCCCAGAUUCAAGGCCUCUGCCAGAUGUAGCCCUGACAGGGAAGUGUACCCGAGAGUGUGAUGAAUAUGGCCACUCGGACUCCUGCUGGAUGCCAGUUCGCACUUCUCCUGAAAGAAAGCAGAAGAGCCAGCCAAAACUCUCCACUUUCAUGCCUGUUGAUGAACGGGGCAGUCAGGAAAAGCUGGCCAAUGGAGAAGCUUCCCUUAUGGGUGAUCGCAACAGAAACCUCCUUAGCAAAAAGUUGACCUCAUCCUAUGAGACCUUCAGCGCCGCUAGUUUCAGCAAAAAAGAAGAAGGCAAUCCAGAAGAUAUCCCCCUUACACAGACAGGGGAAUAUAAGCCAUCUCCUGUCAAUACUCUAACUAGAAGAGAAGUUUACCUGUAGGCUAAAAAGCAGCAACAAAUUUAUUUCAUGUUGUAAGCAAGAAAAGGGGCAAAAGUCUUAAAAUCAAAACAAUUUUAACAAAAAUAAGAAACAAAAAGAGGAGGCCACCAAAGAGACAUAAGCUCUGCUUGCCACUUCUGCCUCCAUAGCAGGCAUUUAAUUAUACUGUCUGCCUGACUAUACUGUACAAUAUAGAAAAUGUUGUUACUUGCAUGUCAAAUCCCCCCUCACCAAUUUUUGUUUUCCCAAAUCUAUGGUUGCAAAUUCCUCCCAUAGUAAUGAGCUUGAUUAAAAAGAACACAACACAUUGUUGUUUCUCCUCUGCAGAAGCAUGAGUUAAGCCACUCAUUUUGUUGAUGGUCAUCUGGCUUGUUGAGGAUAACAGGUCAGGGAAAAUGUAUUCAAAGCAUAUCAUCUGAAUAUUGCUGAUCCCCACCAGGGACAAUCCUUCAGAAACCAUACAGAUAUAAAGAUAAAUAUAAAGGAACAACCAUUAAUAGGCACUUUGUGAAGACCACAGCUUUAAUAUUCUCACCUCUCAUCUGAGGCUGGAUGCGACAGAGAUACGUUCAGCUUGAGACUGCUGUCCAAAACAUGGCAAACUUUCUUACGAAUCAUGAACUCUGGUUCUGUUUUAUCCAUAGAACAAAUGUGUUCUAGCUGUGUCUCUUUCUCUCCUCCUCUCUCGUUCUCUGUAAUGAUUACUUCAGUGUAAACACAAUUAGUAACACAUAUACCGUAGCAUAGUAAUGAUAAACUCUUGAAAUCAUUUUUUUUGGACAAGACUAACAUCAAACUGGGAAGAUAGUAAUAACAAAAAGGCCAAAGAUCACACUAUGGAUCAGGGGAACUGCUAAGUAUUGGGGCUUGGCAUGGAAAACUAAUAUACUCACACACAUGUACUCAUAACACACCUUCAGUUACAUUUGCACAGCAGCCCAUUCUACAGGCCCACAUGACAAUAUUUUUUCCAGUGCGGUUCAGUUGAAUGCCCAAAGGAAAUGAUGUGGGUUUUUUUUGUGAUGACAUGAUAUGUUGCAGCAGAUGUUUCAUAUAUGAUACUGCCAGUUCCAGGGAAUUUAUGAGGUCAAAAUUAAAAAAUAAUAGUAUUGCUAGAAGGCUGUGUUAGAGAGAAUGCUUGGUAUGAUGAAGGUGGACGAUGUGAUGAUACAAUGACAAGAGAAUAUUACAACUCAAAAAUAAAGCCUUCUUUUCAGAGUACAAGGAAUGAUUUCUAAGUCCUUUGUCAUCAGUGUUGCAGAUUGAUUUGUGUCAAAGAUGUAAUGCAGGUUUUCUGGAAACACAAGUGCAUUAAAGCCAAGUGAAGUGCAAUACUAAACAGUGUCAAGACUCAGAACAUUAAGGCUAGGUAGAAAAUAAAUAGUGUGAUAUGCUACUCACCUAGUGGGUCAAGAUGAGUCAAAAGGAAUACAGUCUACAACACACAAGAGCUCUGGGCUAUAAUGAUUGUCACGGUGUGCACUUCAUGAAAGGAAGAGGAAAUGAAACAGGUUUUUGUGCAAUAAAAGCUACAAAAUGUGCAGAACUUCAGCCAGUUUCUCUCUAGCUGAUGCUGCAGUAAUAGUGACAAACAGUGCAAACAUUCAGAUGAAAGUGACAAUUGAAGGACACAGCUUGAGAAGGGGAGAAGCGUUCUAAUCCCUGGCUAUUUCACCUGGCAGUAAAGCAUGAUUAGAUGGCUUUCUAGUAUACUGUAGUCAUAAUGUAGCUUUGGGUAGUUUCUUAGAAAUAACUUUAAACAGCCUAUAGUAGAGGUUGCUAAAUCAAUACAACUCAUUGCAGUUAUCUUUUGAAUUCACUUCUCCAUAUAGUCGGAGAUGCUGUUUCUGGCCAUUCCAUUCUCCUCACUUAAGUUUACUUUCUUCAUGUAACAUUAGUUUGUGUAUAGCAGUUAUGAUGAAUGGGCACAUUUUAGAAAGAAAAUCAAAGAUUAAUAGCAAUUGAACAUUCUUAUGUUUAAUUAUUUAAGUAAUAUGAAGACAUGCAAAAUUUGUUAUGAAACUGCAUAGAGCAGUUACUGCUUUGUAUAAUCUGUAAGUACCUGUUUAAAAAUGCUUCUAAAAUGCUUAUGUAAUGUAUACACAUUUUUCUUGCACGUUUCAACAGAAUACACAAUUGCAUAACAAACGUUCAACAGAAUUUCCUUUGAUAAGUUUUUAUUUAAUAUUACACACACACACACAAAAAUAAGUAGCUUGGUUCAAUAUAUUGUUAAACCCUUUGUCUAUGAAGCUAAUGAUUCAGGUCAUAGAAGACUUUCAGAUUAAAUGGAUCAGCAGUCACUCACCGAUUUUUGCACCACACUAAGACAGUCAUUAAAUACUUUACCUGUGUGCAUCUCCUUAGAAUUAAAAUGGGUGUGAAAGAAUUUUUUUAAAGUUCUAUCUACUGUAAGUAUUCACAACAAUUCUAGUAGAACUAGCCACUAUCAACAUGCUGAUUACUCUUCUGACCUGGCAUGACACACAAAUAUAUUUUGUGUUUGUAUUUCUCUUUUUAUUUUAAGUAGGUUAAAUCUUGUGCCACUCCAUAAAUAGAGUGCUUUUGUAUAAAAAUAAAUAAACUAUAAAAAAUAAUUAGGGUGAAUGCAAAAUAUGCAACUGUGCCUUUUAUACCUGUUAUUAUGGUAGAGUGGUAGUUGGGUUUGGACACUGAGGGAUAAGGGGCUAUUCCCAACCUUUUUGAACCUGUAUAUUUACCUGUUUAUUUUCUGAGAAAUUAUAAACAAUAUAUUUAAAAACAAGUCUUUUGCCAAACUCAGUUAAUGGACCAGUCUUAAGCAUUAUUAACACAAUGCUGUGGUUUAAAUAUGUCUUGAGGGUUGUUUUUUUGUUGUUGUUGGUUUUGGUUUUGUUUUUAAUUAAUAUUUGUGGGGGCUUUGGGAUUGUUUUUAUUUGUUUUUUAAUUCUGCAGCCUGGAGAACAAUGAUCGCUCUAUACUACAGUUAUUUAGCAAGGUGUCACCUCUUCAUGUUGCCAGGAAAAUUGACAGAUAAAUUCUUUUUAAUUGCUUUUAGCUGCCAUCACGUUUCAGUUGUACAGUAUAGAAAUCAUCCUUUUAUUUCUUUCCAUGGUAAACUCGAAUGAGCUUUGCAUGUAUUUUACAUUAGGGCACCUUUAUAGAUUGAUGAAUUAAUAUAUAACUUUAUAUGUAUUAGAAAAUUCAAUAGCUUUGGUCUAAAAUCUAAUUCUCAUUUUGGAUCUCAGAUCCACUAUGUUUAUUCAAUAUGAUUUCUGACUGGCCUGCUGCCUGAGUUUCAGGAAAAAAAAAGUUAAACAUUAUUUUUAUGUGGGGGAAGAAUUUAAAUGGGAUUCAGAUGAUCGACUGAAAGGCUACCCUAGGAAGUUGUCGAGUAGAAAAGCAAGGAGCAUAGCUGAAGACUUGCCAUAAGCACAGCUAUCACCAAACACUUGUAAGAACUUGAACAGUGGAAUGUUUUUCCUUUUCUUUCAUUGGUGAUAAAUGUACAGUGUUUCCUUAAGGAAUGAAGCAGCUGAAAUAGCGAUAGAGAUGAAAUUCCAUCAGUUAAGUUGUAUUAUUGACUGAAAAACAUAAACACAAGAAAGAAGACAAUAUUUACCAGCUACCUGGGGUAUGCUUUCAGACAACUUUUUCCUAAAUUUUAAAGCACUUGCAUUCAGUGUGGUACGUUUGUAAUAUUAAUCAUUGACUAUUGUUCUGCAACUUGGAUGUUGAUAGUGAAGCAGAGAACAAUUUAUCAUUGUUUAUUAUGAAUCACUAUGCACGCAACUAUGCUAAACAUGGCAAAAUGUAUUAAACGCUAGUCCACCUCUAUUUAUGAAAUAUUUACAUAAUUUAAUUUGCUUUUGUACAGUUUUAUGUAAAUAAAUUGCUUGUCAUUUUUGUCUCUGCAAAUUAAAAUAUAACAUGUUCAA